AACAAUGGGGCCUCACCCCAAUGCUGGGUUGCUCGUUGGUUUGACUUCCUCUUCCUUCUGAGGUUUUCGUAUCAGGAGUUUAUUUUGCCCAGUCAGCCUGUCCUACUGCAGCUGAAAGAGGGGUAGAAACAGGCGAGUUGAAAACACUAGGGAACACGUGGCAAACCUGACUGUACAUGUCAGUCUUCUCCCUUGGUAUCUUGAACACUCCCUACAGCACAUGACCAGCCAGCCAGGCAUGGAGAAUCAGCAGAGAAACUGACUCGACAGCUGGGAGAGUGGUGUGCUGGCAUCAGAGACUCCAGGACAUGAACCAUGAGACCAAACCAGCUAAUUAAAUUCACCUUGUUUGUCUCCUGUUACCUCUUCUGGGUGGCCAGUGGGCUCAUGGUAGCAGUUGGCAUAUAUGCCAAACUCUCUAAAGAAGCCAGUGUUCUGGAUUCGCUCCUUGCCGAUCCCUCACUGAUCCUACUUACAGUGGGAAUCCUGAUAUUUGGCAUCACCUUUGUGGGGUGUACAGGAGCCUUGCGUGACCUGCCUGUGCUGUUGAAAAUUGCUGCCUUGUGUUGCAGAGUUUUGCCUGGUGUUCUGGAUUCGCUCCUUGCCGAUCCCUCACUGAUCCUACUUACAGUGGGAAUCCUGAUAUUUGGCAUCACCUUUGUGGGGUGUACAGGAGCCUUGCGUGACCUGCCUGUGCUGUUGAAAAUUUUUGCCUGGAUUUUAUUGAUCAUUCUCAUUCUUCAGAUCGUGGCUGCUGUCCUGGGAUUUCUCUUCUCUGGCCGGGUGCUGGAGAAAGCAACAUUUGUGAUGGGAAAAGCUAUCUCUGCUUAUCGGGAUGACCUAGAUUUACAGAACCUUAUUGAUUAUAUACAGAAAAAGUUUGAGUGCUGUGGAGUGCAUUCCUAUAAGGACUGGUCCCAGAAUAUUUACUUUGAGUGCCGAGACUCCAACCCUAGCCUGGAACGCUGUGCAGUGCCUUUCUCCUGCUGCAUCCGGAAGGAUAAAGAGAAAGACAAAGUCAAAUCUAGUGUUCUCAACACCAUGUGUGGCUAUGGGACCCAGAACCUGAGAUCAUGGCAAGCAGAGAGCCUGAUAUACACUGAGGGCUGCUUGGAAAAGAUUGUUGGCUGGGGACAGAAAAAUCUGCUGCUUGUUGCAGGGCUAGCAACAGGACUUUUUUUCUUGGAGAUUCUCGUGUUUUACCUAGCCAAGAUGCUCAUUUACCAGAUUGACUUUAUCAUACAGAAACAGAGAAGCACAAGGAGGAAAGACCCCGAGAAAUAAGUCUGUUGCUCCCAACAAGAGCCCAGUAUAGUCUCAGUUGCCACUGGCUGUGGGGAAGGAACAAACUGAGCUGAGGAAACACUGAAUAUCCUGUGCCUCAGGUGAAUCAACAGACACUGGAAAGCAUUUUCUGUGCACAGGAGGCAGAGGCAACUGUUGCUUGGAAAGACUCUUUGCUAUCUGGUGGGAUUGGCUGAUGGGUUUCUCCCUCUUCUCCCUCACUAUUUGAUUAUCCUGAACAUUUGUACAAAACCAAGAUCUUUCUUUUCUGAGAUUCCUGAUGCUUAUUCAUCUGUGAUCAGAGUCUUUUGAUUGCUUUAGUGGUCACUCUGGAGGACAGAAUUACAAUAGAAAAGAAACUUGACAAAUUGGAGAAUUGGUUGGAAAUCAACAAGAUGAAAUUCAGUAAAGAUGAGUGCAAAGCAUUACACUUAGGAAGCAAAAAGCAUUGGCAUAACUACAAAAUUGAGAAUAACUGCCUAGAUGUUAGUGCUACUGGCUUAUGACUAUGAAUAUGCAUAACUUGAAGAUGCUUAUGCAAAAUGCAUCCUAUAAUGUAUCAAUCUUAAAGUUACAAUCUGCUGAAUCUGUAUAUCCCAUUUUUGUGCAUAUAUCACUCUUGUAUGUGAAGUUAGAAAUAUGAAGUGUGAAUCUAGUUUUAAUUCUGAAUGCACUAUUGUGGGCCAUUAAGGAUACUUUAGGAUCUUAAUUACUCGAUACUCAAUCAACCAACCUGUGAAUAGUCUUGUUUGUUCUGUAAGCCUAGACUGUGGCUGGUCUUAGAAAGACAUAUGGCCAGGCCACCUGAUGCUGAAACCCAUUUUGGAUUUUGUAUCCACUCGAGGUGAGAAAAGUUUGAACUGAGCACAAAGAAUUCCCACCUUGGGCAAAAUGGAUAUGGCAGGGGAGGAAACCAAAUAAUAGAGGCAGUUGUCAGAUGCCAGGAGACAUGCUCCCCUUUACCACCUAAGAUGCCUGCUGGAAAAAUUUAUGACUGAACAGGAGGAAAGAUCCGGCCCAAGCUAGGACACUGCCUAGCUUGUGAAAUAUGUUUAGAAAAACUAUUUAGGGUAAGAAUUUGCAUGUAACAAGUUUCUUAGUAGAUUAGGAUU